AUGUCGAGCCCACGGCGGCCGGAGAUGUCACCGGCGGCGAGGAACAACGACAAUGGAUACGUCGAGACCGACCCCACUGGUCGCUACGGCCGGUUCGACGAGCUCCUGGGCAAGGGGGCGAUGAAGUCGGUGUACAGGGGGUUCGACGAGGUGCGCGGCGUGGAGGUGGCAUGGAACCAGGCCAACCUCGCCGACGUCCUCCGCACCCCUGACGCGCUGCAGCGCAUGUACUCCGAGGUCCACCUCCUCAGCACCCUCCGCCACGACGCCAUCAUCGCCUUCCACGCCUCGUGGGUCUCCGUCUCCUCCCCCUCCCCGCGCGGCGGCUGCACCGGCGGCGCCCCCCGCCGCACCUUCAACUUCAUCACCGAGCUCUUCUCCUCCGGCACCCUCCGCGCGUACCGCCUCCGAUACCCGCGCGUCAGCCUCCGCGCCGUCCGCGGCUGGGCACGCCAGAUCCUCCGGGGCCUCGCCUACCUCCACGCCCACGACCCCCCGGUCAUCCACCGCGACCUCAAGUGCGACAACGUGUUCGUCAACGGCAACCAGGGAACCGUCAAGAUCGGCGACCUCGGCCUCGCCGCCGUGCUCCGCGGCGCCCAGGCCGCCCACAGCGUCAUCGGCACGCCCGAGUUCAUGGCGCCCGAGAUGUACGACGAGGACUACGACGAGCUCGUCGACGUCUACUCCUUUGGCAUGUGCAUGCUCGAGAUGCUCACCGUCGAGUACCCCUACGCCGAGUGCUCCAACCCGGCGCAGAUCUACAAGAAGGUCACCUCCGGCAAGCUGCCCGACGCCUUCUACCGGGUCGAUGACGCUGACGCGCGCAGGUUCAUCGGGAGGUGUCUCGUCCCCGCCUCCCACCGCCCCUCCGCCCAGGAGCUCCUGCUCGACCCUUUCCUCUCCACGCAGGACACCACCAUGACGCUGUCACCGCCGCCAUUGCUGCCUGCCUUGCCCACCUCCGGUGACCGGAAGGAUAACCCGGAGGAGGCAGAGCCGGCGGCAGCAAGGACUGACAUGACCAUCACCGGCAAGCUCAACACCGACGACGAUACCAUAUUCCUCAAAGUGCAGAUCGUCGACGAAGCAGGCCAUUCGAGGAACAUCUACUUCCCGUUCGACAUCGCCGGCGAUACAGCGACAGAGGUGGCGAGGGAGAUGGUGAAGGAGCUGGACAUCACGGACCGGGACCCCUCAGAGAUCGCCGCCAUGAUCGAGGAGGAGAUCAUGAGGCUGGUACCGGACUGGGUCAGCGGUGGCUGUGAUGAUCAGCAGGAGUACUAUACGUACGCGGAUAAUGACGACAAUGAGGAGCAGCCUCCAUUCUACUACCUCUCCUCUUCCCCGACCUCUUCCAACGGGUCUCAUUGUGGCAUAGGGCCGACAACAUCAGGUGGCGGCCACGGUGGCUGGUUUCAAGAUUACGCUGUGAGCAGCGACGACGACGAGACAAGCUCCACGCGCUCUGCGCUGCAGUACUCCUCCGAAGAGGCCCAGCCCGAAGAGAAGCCUGGCGUCUCCAAGACGGGCCAGGUGAAGGCCACCAGAUUCGGCCCAGGAGACGGCGGCACAGCAGGACACGACGUGUCGUCGUCGCGCGCCGGCCGGCCGCGGCACCACCGCGGGAGCCCCGACGCCGGCGGCGACGAGGGGCGGCCGCGGAGGCAGCAGGGCCGCAUGACGAGGAACCGGUCGAUGGUGGACGUGCGGAGCCAGCUGCUGCACCGGACGCUUGUGGAGGAGCUCAACAAGCGCAUGUUCUUCAACACCGUCGGCGCGGUCGAGAACAUCGGCUUCCGCCGCAUCCCCGGCUACGGCGGCGGGCCCUCGUCCUCGUCGGCGACGGUGUCGUCCUCGCGCGGGGGCGACCAGCGCGGCCGGAGAAGUGGCAAGGACAAGCACCAGUUCUUCAUGUUCUGA